AUGGACGUUCGCGGUGGUGCGCUCGGACGCGCGGGCGCGCUCAUCGAUAACGCGUGGACGACGACGCGGCGGUCGUUACCGGUGGUGAAUCCGCACGACGGCGCCGUCGUCGGUGCGAUCGCGCGAGGGAGCGUCGCGGACGUGGACGAUGCGGUGCGAAGCGCGAGGAAAGGGUUCGUGACGUGGUCGACGCGGAACGGACGAGAACGGGCGAAAACGCUGCGCGCGGUCGCGGAUGGGUUGCGACGACGGCGGGAGACGUUGGCGAGACUGGAGACGACGGAUUGCGGGAAACCGUUGGAUGAGAGCGCGUGGGACGUGGAUGACGCGAUUGGAUGCUUUGAAUACUAUGCCGAUCGGUGCGAACGGGUUUUUGGGGAACGGGCGUACGCGGAGGAGGUGGUGGAGCUGCCGGACGAGGACUUUGCGGGACGCGUGAGACGCGAGCCGCUCGGGGUGAUCGGGUUGAUCACGCCGUGGAAUUAUCCGCUGUUGAUGGCGACGUGGAAAGUGGCGCCUGCGCUCGCGAGUGGGUGCGCUGUGGUGUUGAAGCCGAGCGAGGAGGCGAGUCUGACGUGCCAGGUGUUGGGAGACGUGUGCGUCGAGGCGGGUCUGCCCCCAGGGGCGCUGUGCGUCGUCACCGGUCGCGGAGACGAGGCUGGAGCGGCGCUGUGCGCGCAUCGAGGCGUUGAUAAGAUUUCAUUCACCGGUUCUUUUCGCACGGGACAAACGAUAAUGCGGGCGUGCGCGCAGGACGUCAAGCCCGUGUCGCUCGAACUCGGAGGAAAAUCCGCCUUGGUCAUCUUCGACGACUGCGAUUUGGAGAAGGCGGUCGAGUGGGCCAUGUUCGGAUGUUUCUGGACGAACGGGCAGAUUUGUAGCGCCACGUCACGUGUGCUCGUACACGAAAACAUUCGUGAGAGGUUUUUGGCUCGAUUGAAGGAGGCGUCGGAGGCUAUUCCCGUCGGCGAUCCGCUCGCGGAGGGAUGUCGACUCGGUCCGCUCGCGUCCGCUGCGCAGUAUAAAAAGGUGACGAGCAUGGUGAACAGGAUUAAACGCACGAAAAUACAUCUGCUCACCGGUGGAAACAGACCGCGCGCGCGCGGAUGCGAGAAGGGCUUCUACAUUGAGCCGACGGUUUUCGUCGAUCCACCCCUCGACUCAGAGGCGUGGCGUGAAGAGAUUUUCGGUCCCGUGAUGUGCGUGCGCUCCUUCAGGACGGAAGAAGAGGUCAUCGCGAUCACGAAUGAUUCCGAGUACGCCCUCGCCGCGGCGGUGAUCACGGACGACGUCGCUAGGAGAGAACGCAUGGCGUCCGCGUUCGACGUCGGCAUUGUCUGGAUUCAGUGUUCGCAACCUGCGUUCACGCAACUCCCCUGGGGCGGUCGACGCAGGAGUGGUUUCGGGAGGGAUCUCGGCGUGAACGGCAUGGAUAAGUACAUGCAUCAAAAGCAGAUCGUCGAGUACACGUCCGGCGCACAAUUCGAAUGGUAUCCGAUGUUCAAGAAGAGUAAACUUUGA